GCAAAAGAAUUUGCAGAAUACCUACUUAGAAUUGGUAAUGACACAGAACUAACAAUUGAGAAUAAUUUGAUUUGCCUUCCUGACAAAAUUGUUAUUCAUCCACAAAAUGAUAAUGAUUCUAUUACUACUCUGACAAAUGCUGUGUAUUAUAAUCUUUCAGAAAAUGCCACAAAUAGUUUGUUUUUUACAGAAUGUGCAAUACUUACCCUUUAA